GUGUGUUGUAGGGUUGUGAGACUCUGCCAGGCAUAGUGCCUGGUGCGGGACGCUCAGCAGGUGGUGGCGGCUGCUGUCAUCCUUGUCACUGUGUCCUCAUCUGGGCCCUUGAUCUGAUAAGAGGAGCCUGAGGCCUGAACUGGGUGGUGAUCGCCUGGCCAUCAUGGAGGAGCAGGGCCUCCAACCAGUGUCUUGCCUUUUAUGCCAUUUUUCCUGUGUUGUGUGGCUGUGAGUUUGAAAUCAGCGUCGUUCGUGAGGUCCAGUUCUCCAGAACUUCUCUUUUUUCCCUUGCUGGUGUCAAAGGAAGAACAAGGCAAACGGGUUAACUUGUAAUCUAAAUCAGCAGGUAGUAGUUGAGUGAGGCCAGAGACACAUGAGGCAAAUUUGAAGGACAAGGCAGCUUUUCGAUACCAUUUUUCUUCAAACCAGCACUUGUUCUGGAAAGUGCUCACUACCAAAGAUCACUGCUGACUGAUUGGAAUUUGAACAGGCGCCCACUUUUUCAAACGCUGUAUCAGGAGGGAAGAAAAAGAAAACCAAGUUUGCGAAGUUUUUGCUUUUUAAAAGCUUCUUGAGGUAGAAAAUAUUCUCAUGUGACUGAGGAGGAAACAGAGGCUCUCAGAUUAAAUAAUUUCCUCAGGGUCAUUCAUGCACUAAUUACUGGUGCCGACAUUCAAAAGAAAGCUGGGUCAGGUUCUCCAACAUCCUUGUGGAACUCUCCUUCCUUUAGAUCCAGAUUUAUAAAUUAGAAUGUGCAUUAAAGUCCCCCCCAAUUUAAAAGCAAACCAAACAACACACAUGAGAUCCAGUUGGAAACUUUUGAAAGGAACUUGUUGAUCUCUGUGUUCCUUGAAAGUAUAUGUUGCAAUCAGAAUAUUGGUGGUAAGUGUGUUUUUGAGGUUUGUCACAAAUUAACAAAAUUAUAUGCCUCGAGAGUUUUGCAGAGAAAUGCAAAUCAGUAUAAGCGCCUUGUCAUAAUAAGCAGUAUGCUUUGGUUCCUGUUUAUGUACCCCCAAAGCACAUAAUGCACAUAAUUAUAUUGACACGAAGGAAGCCGUUCUCAUUGAUGGUUUCUUUAUAUCUGGCCCCCAAAUUAGUUUGUGGUAUCAGUCGGUAUAAUUUCUAGAGAGCCUGUUUAAUUAAGUCUAGGUUGGUACCUGUCUUUCGAGUAGGGGUCUUGUCUUCCACGGAUGUUCCUUGAACACCUACUAUAUGCUGGGUCCCUCGGGGUGUCUUGACCUUUAAGAAUUCCUCAGGCUGGGAAGUGAGAAACAGACUUGCAUACUUGUGCACACUGAGUGUCGCUGAUGUGGAGUGAUAGAGGAGGGGCUCUAGCAGAAAAGUGAAGAGUGGGGAAGUUUGCCUGAGCGACUGGAGCUGGGUCAUGCAAGAGAAAUCCUGGCUUACAUGCCCGGAAAGAGGAGACGGCGAUCCAGCAAAGGGACCAGCAGGUGCUGAGCCGUGGAAACAGGAACAUACAUCCGGGAAGGCGGGCCUGCCCUUCCUCAUCAUUGAGACAAGCACCAUCAAGCCUUACCACCGAGGGUUUUACUGCAAUGACGAGAGCAUCAAGUAUCCUCUGAAAACCGGCGAGACCAUAAAUGAUGCUGUGCUCUGCGCCGUGGGGAUUGUCAUCGCCAUCCUCGCGAUCAUCACUGGGGAGUUCUACCGUAUCUACUACCUGAAGGAGAAGUCCCGGCCAGCGAUUCAGAAUCCCUAUGUGGCAGCCCUCUACAAGCAGGUGGGCUGCUUCCUCUUCGGCUGUGCCAUCAGCCAGUCCUUCACUGACAUUGCCAAAGUCUCCAUUGGGCGCCUGCGUCCUCACUUCUUGAACGUCUGCAACCCCGAUUUCAGCCAGAUCAACUGCUCCGAGGGCUACAUCCAAAACUACAAAUGCAGAGGGGACGACAGCAAAGUCCAAGAGGCCAGGAAGUCCUUCUUCUCUGGCCACGCCUCCUUCUCCAUGUACACUAUGCUGUAUUUGGUGCUCUACCUUCAGGCCCGCUUCACUUGGCGAGGGGCCCGCCUGCUCCGGCCCCUCCUGCAGUUCACCCUGAUCAUGAUGGCCUUUUACACAGGACUGUCGCGUGUGUCCGACCACAAGCACCAUCCCAGCGAUGUGCUUGCAGGAUUUGCUCAAGGAGCCCUGGUGGCCUGCUGCAUAGUUUUCUUUGUGUCCGACCUCUUCAAGACCAAGACGACACUCUCCCUGCCUCCCCCUGCUCUCCGGAAGGAAAUCCUUUCGCCUGUGGACAUUAUUGACAGGAACAAUCACCACAACAUGGUGUAGGUGCUGCCCACCUCCUGAGCUGUUUUAUAAAAUGACUGCUGACAGCAAGCUCUUGCUGCUCUCCAAUCUCAUCAGACAGUAGAAUGUAGGGAAAAACUUUUUGCCCAACUGAUUUUAAAAAGGAAAAAAAAAAAAGUCUUAUUUUGUGGCCUUCCAAAAUAGGUAGCAUUCACCUAUGUGGAAACAACAGCAAACUAACACCAAGUGCCGAAACCCUGGAUGUGCAAUUGGUCUAAGUGUUCAUGUUCUAGUGAACACGGGCUUGUUCUGGAACAGACACUAAAAUGAUUUGAGUAGGGUCUGCCAGUCACGCUUGUGACCCGAGGAACCCCAGGCCUGUGAGAAAAGAUCAAAUUCACAUUGUAGCACACAAUGCCAGAAGUAGCACUGAAUCAAGAAAACAGCCAUUGGGCGGGCUCCUGUCUCGUGUCUCUCUGUCCACACCACUCUGAUCUGUGCUGUGACUUUGGUUCGGGAAGGUUGGUUUUGUUUUGUUCAAUAUAAGGGCAGAGCAGGUGUGCUAAGUCAGGCCACGCGAUCCCGAAUCUGGAUUCCCAGUCCUGAGGCCUUUCUCCCUCCCUCCCCCGGCCCCCAGGCCAGCAGCCACAGCCCCUCACUUUAGCGAUUAGGAGACUCUUUGUGGAUGAGUGAGUUUCACAAAUAGCACAAUUUCAAAAGCGAUCGAGGGUGCUGGCCCUCCUUUGUCUUCUCUGGCCGCAUCAUUGUGUGAUGCGGGACGUCAGCAGCGGGAUGCCCCCGUUGUGUUCACCAGUCACUCGGCACCUUCACACUCUUGGUAACAGUUAGCUUCGGUCACUGCUUUCUCCCCGGAAGUCCUUGCUGUGUGCCCCCCGGGGUCUCCCGGGAGGGUCCCGACCCCAGCAAAGGCGUGCUCUGCCGUCAGCUGACGGGAAGCAGCCUUACGUGCAAGAGACGUGGGAGCGAAUGGGCAAGAAUGAAAAACUCACCAACCUUUUGGCUACUCAGAGUCAGAAUGAGCCAGAGCAGCAGAUGGUCUCGUGCCUGAGAGGCGGCCCUUCCAGAUCUCGGAGCGGACGAGCGUCUCUGCGGGGGCUGCUCUUGCGAAGCUGUGUAAAGCACUAUUGUCUUGGGGUUGAUCUCUAGGGCAGUUCUCGGUAGGUUCUGCUGGGCAGAACACAUGGGUUAAAUCUCCGUAGAGUUUUUCCUCAUCCUCUCUCCGUAAGUGUCCUUCCAAGCAAGGUCCCACGCGGGGCAGUAGACAGGGAUCCUUUCUACUGAACCUUCGAGGAAAGGAGGAAGGAAGAAAUGCUUUCAGAUCGCGGGUGCAAACCUUGCAAAGGGCUAAAUGUAACCACAUGGAUCAAGCACAUGUACAUCCUUACUCCAGAAGCCGUCCUUUUCAUUUCCACUUCUAGCAAGCUAUGAUUUUUAUAUAUAAAUAUUAUAUAAAUAAUGUAUAAAACAUUAAAAGUUAACUAUGUAAGAUAUUAUUUCUGAAACAAUUUUAGCUACAUCCACUAUGAUUAUAAACUGUCUCGACCUGUGUUAUUUACAUUAGCUGCUUAAAAAAGCAUGGAGUUAAUUUUUUUUUUAAUAUCAACUAAAAUAUCGUAGUUCUGUGGUAGACAUUGUUUUACAAUGAAAGAAAUAACUGCAACUAGAGAAAACUGUAUAAAAACAUUAAAGUGUCAGUAUUUUUGUAAGGUUCCAUUUUGUAAAGAGAAUAAUAUUCAAAGACUUUUGUAGAAUACAAAGUGAAAACUUGUAUCUGCGAAACUACACUUGUAUUAAAUGUGCUUUUUAAAUAAAAGCUCAUAACCCAACUAA